GUCAGCCAUUUUGAGUUGUUUGUUCAGUGUUUGGGGCGACGGGUUGUUGUUCUUCAGACAAAUAGGGAUCAAGGCCGAGGUCUCGAAGAACCGCUCGAAAGACAUUUUACACAACUAUUUUGUAAUUAUGGGUCCACCGCGAAGCAAAUCUAGUCGUCUAUUAUCCGAAAGAAGGGUGAAUCUGAAUUGGUUUGUCAGUUUAUCUUGACAUGGCACGGGAGGUUUGGUCGGUUGGUUUUGACGACUGAGGAAAAAAGCUUGAAAACAACGCAGCGGGGAGAAAACGAAGCUCGGCAACAACUAAGCUUUUGCACACGAGGGUUUAUUUUAAAGUCUGUCAUUUGAUAGCAGAGUACAAGGUUGUGGUUUCAAAUUUCAGUAGUUUCACACAAUGAAACUUGUGUUACGAUAGUUAGCCAUUAGAGAAGUGAGCUAACUGAGGUAGCCACGCCACGCACUUCCCAUCUCUGCUAGCAUAACCGGCUAGUACAGAAGAAACCAGGUAGAAAAUGUAACAGUCGGACCGUCAACACGCGUUAGCUAGCGAGCUAUCCUAGAGGAAUUAUCAUUACUCUUGACAUGUAGCUGACGGAUAAGUGAACUCUGCUCUGUAGUUGGCGCAAAGCUUUGCUGGUUAGGUUUCAGGAAAGCCCGAGGAUGGUGAACUACAACAGCGGGGCCACAACAACAAUCCUUGGGUCAGAUAUAUGGCCAUAAAGCCCAACAUGGCGAGCAGUCUGUUCCUUGUUCUUGCACCUGGUGCCAACUCCUCCAGGCAUCUCCGUUUCUCUGCCAUGGUCGGCUUUCUCCCCUGUCAUUCAGCUGUGCGUUACUGAGAGUUUAAUGCAUCAAUAUCAAUAUGAAUACGAAUCACAUGUGUCGUGGAAGAGACUCCAAAAUCAACAGUAGUCAGGACUAGAAAGAUUUUCUUUAAAAAAAAAACAAACAAACUAGAAUAAGGUUGUGCAACUUUAGGGUGUAAAAGCCAAGGCUAUACUUCUCCAUUUGCAAAACUAUACAAAAAAAGAGAGAUAUUGGCAUGGAUUUCAGUUGUUUUAUCAGCUCUAAAAUGCUGGUUUGAUAUUUGGUGAGCACAGAAAUAACGUAGCUUUUUCUAUUUAUGAAAAUUUGACUCUUUUUUUUUUUUUUUUUUCCUUCUUGAAAAACAUGGUGUGAUAUCCAGACACAAAUUGUUAAGACCCAGGUGCACUAUCUAAUCUUAAUCUAAAAAUGACUUGAUUUCAAUUUGGAAGAUUUUUUUCUCUCUCUUAAUUAGGUUUAGCGAAUAUUACAGUUUGUGCCGGUUGUUUUUCUUUCUUUAACUGUUGAAACACAUUCAUUUGAAUAGCAUAGCCUGUUUCGCUGACAGCCUUUAAAGCAGAAAAAGGUGAUAAAAAAGGAAAUAAGUCUUUACUAGAAAAUCAUGGGAGACCCAAACUCUCGACGAAAUCAAACCCGAAACCGACUCCGUGCCCAGCUACGGAAGAAACGAGAAUCCUUGGCUGACCAGUUUGACUUCAAAAUCUACAUUGCCUUCGUGUUUAAGGAAAAGAAAAAGAAGUCUGCACUUUUUGAGGUAGCUGAAGUGGUGCCUGUCAUGACCAACAACUAUGAAGAAAAUAUCCUCAAAGGAGUGAAGGAUUCAAGCUACUCCUUAGAAAGUUCUUUGGAGCUUCUUCACAAAGAUGUUGUGCAGUUGCAUGCCCCUCGCUACCAAUCUAUGCGCAGGGAUGUAAUCGGUUGCACACAAGAGAUGGACUUCAUUCUUUGGCCCCGCAAUGAUAUUGAGAAGAUAGUGUGUCUGCUGUUCUCCAGAUGGAAGGGAGCAGACCAUGAACCCUUCAGGCCUGUUCAGGCCAAGUUUGAAUUUCACCAUGGGGACUAUGAGAAGCAGUUUUUGCAUGCUCUUGGCCGUAAGGACAAGGCUGGGAUGGUGAUGAACAACCCAAAUCAGUCUGUGUUUCUUUUCUUGGACAGACAGCACUUGCAGACUCCAAAAACCAAGGCCACAGUUUUCAAGUUGUGCAGCCUCUGCCUCUACCUGCCGCAGGAUCAGCUGACCUGUUGGGGGGUCGGAGACAUCGAAGACCACCUCCGCCCAUACAUGCCAGAUUAGCAGAGACAGAAGAUUCCUGCCCCAAGGCCACUGAAGCAAGUUGUCCUCAUACCCAUCUCAGUUGAAUAGAAUUGAACUUGUGCGUGGAACUCUCCUUUUUGUUAACCACUCAUUUUCAUUCUGAAGUUCAUUUUAGUUCAUUUUUAUAUCUCACCUACCAGACAGUUUUGGUUCGGUUCACCCAUUUAUCCUACCCUUAACCUGUCUGCCUUUAUUUGAACUUUCACGAACAUUGUUUUGAGUGGUUGUUCUCUUGGAGCAGCACUGUCAACACCACCAAUCACAGACGGAACUCUUUAGUGGGGGAUAUAGGAAAAGCAAACCAAUGUCAGGGGUGCCUUAAACACGGGCCUCUUGUGUUGGACUGGUUCUGAUAUCAGUUUCAUGAGUGGAUAGUUGACGUCUUUAUUUUUGGGGGGAAAGUUUUAAGGUUAAUGACAAUCAGUUACAGGAUUACACAGCCUUCAUAGUCAUAGUGGAAAGGCUAAUUUUAGUAGGUGAACAAUACAUGGCUAAAAUUGAUUUGGGGUAGACAUUGCUUCUCAUUCUUUUCAACUGCCUGAGUUUUGCUGGACAUUU